CACAAAUACAACCGCGUGUCCAUCUUUGCUCGCUGCCUUCAUUUCGCUUCAUCCCAUUCGCUGAGCCAUGUCCGAAUCCCCCAUCCAACUGCCUGCAUCUGCGCAGGACCUUGUCGAGAUCACCUCGCACGUGCAGCAUAUCCUGCGCGCGAGCGGAGACGACCUCGUUGCAGUCCCUGCUGCCGAGCGCACUAUUGCUACGACUCUGCUGAGGCUCCAGGAGGCUCAAAGCAAGGCUGCUGCUGUGCAGACCCAAUGCACCUUUCCUGCAAUGGUCCAUCUCAAUAAGGAAGUCCGCGAUGCUGCAACAGAGGCCAAGAAGACGCUGCAGAAAGCGUGGUCCGCUCUCUAUUCUAGAAGGGACGUAUACGCGAUCUUGCAGCAGUUGCGGCAGGAACCCGCUGUAGAAAAUGCCGACGCCGAAACACAACGCCUGCUCAACCAUACCCUCCGUCUUUUCGAACGCCAUGGCGCUGCACUCUCAGUGGAAGAUCAGCAAAAGUUGAUGCAGAUCCGCGCUGAGAUCAGCGGCCUGGAACUCGAUUUUCAAAAGGCCCUCAACGAGGACACGACCGACAUCUUGCUCACAGCUGAAGAACUCGAGGGUUGCACCAGUUCCUGGCUCUCGGGGCUGACCAAGGCUGAGGAGGACGGAAAGCAGUAUCUCAGGGUUACGAUGAAGACACCUGAUAUCCUAAACGUGGGUAGGAACGCCGCCUUGCCAGAGACACGUAAGCGAGUCGCGGUGACCUAUCGCAAAGUCUGCACAUCAACCAAUGGACCCAUUUUGGAUAGAUUGAUCCGGCUGCGACAUGAGGCGGCGACGCUGUUGGGAUACAAGAGCCAUGCGGCCUAUCAGCUGGAUAUUAACAUGGCCAAGACUGUGAAGGACGUGGAUGAGUUUCUGGAUACGAUUACGGGUUCGAUCUCAGGCAAGCUGAAGAGCGACAAGGAUACGCUACUGGAGCUGAAACGCGCAGAGUAUGAGAGGCGUGGAUGGAACAGCGACUUUGAUGGCCAGCUGUACUCGUGGGAUGUCAGGUAUUACCAGGAAAUCUUGCUCAACGAGCGAUAUGCAGUUGACAACUCGCUGAUCCAAGAGUACUUUGAACUCGAAUAUGUCAGGGAUCAAAUUAUGAGCGUCUAUUCCCAAAUUUUCCAGCUGAGAUUCGAGCAGAUCCCUGGCAAGUACUGGGCAGAUGAUGUGACCUUGUUUGCGGUUUACGACCAAAAGGCCCAGAACGAGGCCGGUGAAACAGGCAGCAAGGAUCCAUCUAGGUUCAAGCUCGGAUAUUUUUACCUUGAUCUGUUUCCAAGACCAGGAAAAUACGCGCAUCAGUGUGUGGUUCCACUGCGCCCAAGCUAUCUCGAUACCAAGACCGGAGAGCGUGUGCUCCCAGUUGCUGUGAAUGUAGGCAAUCUCUCACGUCCGACCGCAGAUCGUCCAGCUUUGCUGAAGCACAGCGAGGCCAACACGUUCUUCCACGAGUUUGGGCAUGUGUGCCAUGCAAUGUCCAGCAGGGCCCGCUAUUCGUUGUUUAACUUUUCAUGGUCCGUAGUGCCCUAUCCUACAUCUUUGGCCAUGGACUUUUUGGAAGUUCCUAGUAUCAUGCUCGAGAACUGGCUCUGGGAGCCCACUGUGCUAAAGCGACUCGGCAGACAUUACAAAACCAACGAGAAGCUACCUGACGACCUGAUCGCGUCUCUUGUCAAGACACGCAAGGUCCUCAAGGGCCUUCUCUUCUCUCAGCAGAUAGCCGUUACAGCGAUCGACAUGAGGCUUCAUAGUAUCGAUCCCAGCCAACGCAAGCAAUCGAUCCCUGAGCUCUGGAAAGAGAUGAGCGAGCGCAUUGUCGGCGUCAAACUAGAGGACGAACCCGAGACCAACCCCGCAUGUCAGCUGUACCACAUUGCGAUGGGAUACGAUGCCGGGUAUUAUGUCUAUGCGUGGUCGGAGAUGCAUGCCCAUGAUCUGUACACGCGCUUCUUGGAUAAUUCAGCAACGGAUUCACAGGAGAGGACGACUCGGGCGCUGGAUAGCGCAUUGGGACGAGAGUACUGGGAGAAGGUGUUGGUUCCCAAUGCGACAGUUGAGCCCAUUGACCUAUUGAAGAGCUUUCUGGGUCGUGAACCCAACCCGCAGGCCUUCCUGCGUUAUCUCACAGAGGCGUGAGGAUAAAUAAAUAAAUAAAUGAAAAUAUGUAGUACGAUAUCGUAAUAAACCCUCAAUUGCAGC